AUGGGACCCAAUCAUCAGCUCCUUUUCUGGGUGCCUCCCGCUUCCCGACGUCCAUUUUAUACUCCUUGGACUUCAUUGGUGAUUCCCAGAGGACAUCCCGAACUUGAUUUGAGCCGCAUGGCACAUGGGACACACUGGUCGAGUUGCCGAGAUGC